AUGAAGCAUCUCGCAGCUUACCUUCUCCUUGGCCUGGGUGGCAACACCUCCCCCUCUGCUGACGAUAUCAAGACCGUUCUUGGGGCCGUUGGUAUCGAUGCCGACAGUGAGCGCCUCCAGAAUCUCAUCGCUGAGCUCAAGGGAAAGAACCUCGACGAGCUGAUUGCUGAGGGUUCUACUAAGCUGGCCUCAGUCCCAUCUGGUGGCGCUGGAGCUACCCCUGCUGCUGGUGGCGCUGCUUCUGCUGCUGCUGGCGGUGCCCCUGCCGCUGAGAAGGAGGAGGAGAAGGAAGAGGAGAAGGAAGAGUCCGAUGAGGACAUGGGCUUCGGUCUUUUUGACUAA